AGCUGAAGGUUUCUCUGUGUUGAGAAAAAGCAAUGGGAUGUUCCACCUUGUGAGAGUCCUUUGAUUCUUCUAAUUCUUCUUUAGAAACAGGAAAGGGAUUCAUUGAUUCACGCCAUGAAUGAUGGACCUCCUGCUUCUGCUUCUGAUGCUGCUUUUGUCCCAUCCAGUCUCUGGGAAGCUGAGAAUGAAAUGCCCGCUGAGAUUGGAGAACCAGGAUGGAAAACCAUGGAGUUACUACAGACCAGGAGACCAUGUAAUCAAUAUAGUCACCACUGGAACGGAAAGAUUGCAUGCAAAGUUGCUUUUCAACCUGGCUCCUUCUCUUCAGUUUGUUUUCCAUGAUCCGACUGAUUACGAAUUUGUUCAUUGCUUACUAUACAUUUUCAACAUUCAACUGGUCAACAAGAAUUCCCAUCUCUUGCACAAUCUCACACUUGGCUACAACACCCAUAACAACUAUUUGAGCACUUUCCGCACUUCAGAUGCCUUGCUGGAUAUUCUCUCCACUGGAGAAGCCAAUGUCCCCAACUACAGCUGUGGAAGGAAGGAGAACCUCCUGGCUCUUCUUGAUGGAGCCAGUAGGGCCAUCUCCAUCCAGAUGUCAACAUUAGGAGGCACCUACAAAGUCCCACAGAUCAGUGAUGAAAUUGUUUCAGAGGCUCUGAGUGAUAAAAGUCAAUUCCCCUUUUUCCACCGGAUGCUCCCCAAAGAAGGGAUCCAGUACCCAGCAAUUGUCCAGCUGCUCCUCCAUUUCAGAUGGACCCUGAUUGGCCUCUUUGCUUCAGACACAGAAAAUGGAGAGAAUUUCAUGAGGAUUUUUCCUCCUGUGCUUGUCAGGAGUGGAAUUUGUGUGGUUAUAUCACAACUGUUCUCAACACGUGGAUAUACAGCAUACCUCAGGGAUUCCCUCUCUAAGUGGAGACAAGUCAACGUCUUUGUUCACUUCAUGGAAUUUGAUUUAAUUUGGAAGAGAAUCCUUCCUUUCCAUGAAAUAUUUAUGCAUCUGCCAGGACUCAUUGAAGGGAAAAUCUGGAUCCUCACAAAUUUUGCAGGGUAUCUAAUGAACAAGCGUAGACUUCUCAAAUACAUCCAUAGCCGCAGAAGAUGCACCCAGAAUGCCCCACUGGAGACCCAGAAUAAAAGAAACAGGAUCCGUGUCCGAAAUGACUAUGAAUAUUACAGUCUCAUGAAGACUCUGGCCCAAGCCUUGAAUGCCGCUUAUUCCUCCAGAUUGAGGAGGAGGGGAAAGAAGGAGCGAGAAAAGACUUUGGGGUCUUCAAGGCUGCAGCCGUGGCAGUUUCAUCCCUUUCUGAAUAAGAAUGAGUUUUUCAAUAUUUCUCGAAGAAAACUGUACUUGGACCAAAAUGGAGAGAUAACAGCAGAUCUGAGCAUUGACAGCUUCUUGGUUCUCCCCAAGGAGGAUAUCACGGAAGAGACUCUGGCUUAUUUUGAAAGACAGAGACUUACUAUCAACCAAGAUGCUCUUUCACGGCUAAAGUUGCUCAAUAAGUCCCUGCCUCAGUCCAAAUGUGUGGAAAGUUGCCAUCCUGGAUUUGUCAAGAGGGCUCGAGAAGGAGAGCCAGUUUGCUGCUAUGACUGCGUUCCUUGUCCGGAGGGGACCUUCUCCACUCAGGAAGAUACCGAAAAAUGCACCAAGUGCCCAGAUUAUAAAUACCCAAAUAAGGACCGAGUUCAAUGUAUCCCCAAAAUUAUAACCUUCCUGUCUUAUGAAGAACAUCUGGGCAUCAUCCUGGUUUCUUUUGCUCUACUCUUGUUCCUAAACUCAGGCCUUGUUUUAAUCAUCUUUAUUAGAUACCGAGAAACUCCCAUUGUCAAAGCCAACAACCGGGACCUCUCCUAUAUCCUCCUGGUCUCCCUCCUGCUUUGUUUCUUAUCUCCUUCUCUCUUCAUUGGUCAACCAAGGAAAGCCACCUGCCUUCUCCGACAAAUGGUUUUCAGCACCAUCUUCUCAGUUGCCGUUUCUUCUCUCUUGGCCAAAACCAUCACGGUGGUGCUGGCUUUCCUGGCCACAAAACCAGGAAACCGAGUGAAGAGAUGGUUGGGGAAGAGUUUGGCCAACUCCAUCAUCCUUUCUUCUUCUGCUGUCCAAAUUAUCAUCUGCUCCACCUGGCUGGGAGUUUCUGCCCCCUUCCCUGACUCUGACCUCCACUCCCAGCCUGGAGAGAUCAUCCUGCAAUGCAACGAAGGGGCCGUUGUCAUGUUCUACGUCACCCUCAGCUACAUGGGCUUCCUGGCUGCCAUCUGCUUCACGGUGGCUUUCCUGGCCAGGAAUCUGCCUGGGGCCUUCAACGAAGCCAAGCUGAUCACCUUCAGCAUGCUGGUCUUCUGCAGUGUCUGGGUGACUUUUGUGCCCACCUACCUGAGCACCAAAGGGAAAUACAUGGUGGCUGUGCAGGUCUUCUCCAUCCUGGCCUCCAGUGCUGGUCUGCUGGGCUGCAUCUUCAUCCCCAAGUGCUACAUUAUCCUUCUGAGGCCAGACCUCAACACAAAGGAGCAGCUCACAGCCAGAACAAAUGUAAAAACAUGAGAUAUAACACCAUUGUGAUAUUGAAAGAAUUGUUAAAAGUUUCUUUUAUUUGAAAGGAGAUAUUAAUUCUUUCCAUUUAGAUAGUAUGCAGGAAAAGAAAAUCAUAUCUAUAUGUUUCAAAAUGGGAUUGUUGAAUGACUGGAAUUCUUCUAG